AUGGAGGCGACACUGUCCAGAAUACGGCCGUCGAGGCUGCAGCGCCUCGCCGGCUCCGCGACCUGCGCUGCCUGUGCCUCUUGCCCAUCAACCUCAUCGUCGACGACGAGGCGCUUCUCCGCCCUCAACCGCCCGGAGCCAAACUACCCGGGCCAUGUGCCGCUCACGAGGGUCGAGCGCCUCGGCAUGGCCGUCGGCGCCAGCGUCAUGUCCUUCUUCGACCCCUACCACCUCAUCGCCGCCACGGGCGAAGCCACCGCGACCCCCUACUUCAUCUACCGCCUCCGCGACGCCAUGCUCGCCGACCCGACCGGCCGGCGCAUCCUCCGCCAGCGCCCGCGCAUCACCUCGGAGUCGCUCUCCCUGCCCAAGCUGCGCGCCCUGCCCGCCAACACCGUCGGCCGCGCCUACGUGGGCUGGCUCGACCGCGAGGGCGUCUCGCCCGACACGCGCGCCGACGUGCGCUACAUCGACGACCCGGAGUGCGCGUACGUCAUGCAGCGCUACCGCGAGUGCCACGACUUCUACCACGCCGUCACGGGGCUGCCCAUCUGGCGCGAGGGCGAGGUCGCACUCAAGGCGUUCGAGUUUGCGAACACGCUCAUCCCCAUGACGGGGCUGAGCAUGUUUGCCGCCGCGACGCUCAAGCCCCAGGAGAGGCGUCGCUUUUUCAGCGUGUACCUCCCCUGGGCGGUGCGCAACGGCGCCCGCAGCAAGGAGCUCAUCAACGUCUUCUGGGAGGAGCAGCUGGAACGGGAUGUCGACGACCUGCGCAGGGAGCUGGGCAUCGAGCGGCCGCCCGACCUGCGGGAGAUUCGCAAGAGGGAGCGCGAGGAGAAGAAGCGGCUCAAGGAGAUACAGACCCAGGGCAUGUGA